CCUCUCUCUCUCUCUCUCUCUCUGUCCACUGAACACAACGUUUGGUGGUGUCUUCCACCUCGACCGAGCCUUACGACAUCAUCAUCAAUCAAUUGGAUCCUUUCUGAUCUGUCUGUAAUUUCCAUAUCUUUUUACCUCAAUUAUUAUUAUUUAACCUUUUCGAUUAUUAUAUGAUUCAUUGAAGCUCAACCCCACCAGCCACCACCACCACCACCACCACCACCAUCGCCAUCUCUGUCUGCGACUGACUGGUCCGUCAAUCCCCAUUAUCAUCGCAAUUAAACAAAAUCAUUCCUUUAAAUCCAAACUCUCCAUAAGCUCCCAGCAUUCAGAAGAAGAAGAGCCAAGAUUAGCCGAGAAUGGCUUCUAUGGCCUCCAUGUUCGCCAAACCCGCCACCCGACCCGUUUCCCACCACCCCCACAAGCCCCUGUCCCGCCAAUUCUUCCCUUCUGCUUCGGUUCAAAUCCGGCGAAGACCCACCUCCGCGACCGGGGCCUUGAGGACCCGAGCGGCCCUGAUCGAGCCCGACGGCGGGAGGCUUGUGGACCUCCGGGUGGAGCCCGACCGGAGGGACGAGAAGAGGCGGGAGGCGGUGGCCCUGCCGAAGGUGAAGCUGUCGCGGAUCGACCUCCAGUGGGUCCACGUCCUCAGCGAGGGCUGGGCCAGCCCCCUCUCCGGGUUCAUGAGAGAAUCCGAGUUCCUCCAAACUCUUCAUUUUAACUCCCUCCGGCUCGACGACGGGUCAGUGGUCAACAUGUCCGUGCCGAUCGUCCUCGCGGCCGACGACUCCGACAAGCAGAGGAUUGGCGAGUCCAAGAAGGUCGCCCUAGUCGGCCCCGACGAUGUCCCCAUCGCCAUCCUCAGCGACAUCGAGAUCUACAAGCACCCCAAGGAAGAACGCAUGGCCAGAACAUGGGGAACCACUGCGCCAGGUCUACCAUAUAUUGAGGAAGCUAUUAAAAAUGCUGGAAACUGGCUUAUUGGGGGCAACUUAGAGGUCAUCGAGCCGAUCAAGUAUCAUGAUGGUCUCGACCGGUUCCGGCUCUCACCUGCUGACCUUCGCAACGAGUUCACAAAACGAAACGCUGAUGCAGUGUUUGCCUUUCAGCUAAGGAACCCCGUGCAUAAUGGACAUGCUCUCCUUAUGACUGAUACUCGUCGUAGACUUCUGGAGAUGGGGUAUAAGAAUCCGAUACUUCUCCUUCAUCCUCUGGGAGGAUACACCAAGGCAGAUGAUGUUCCACUUAGUUGGAGGAUGAAGCAGCACGAGAAGGUGCUUGAGGAUGGGGUCCUUGAUCCUGAGACGACUGUAGUCUCCAUAUUCCCAUCUCCGAUGCACUAUGCGGGUCCCACUGAGGUGCAGUGGCAUGCAAAAGCUCGAAUCAAUGCGGGGGCCAACUUUUACAUUGUGGGCCGGGACCCAGCAGGCAUGGGCCAUCCUGUUGAGAAAAGAGACCUCUAUGAUGCUGACCAUGGGAAGAAAGUCUUAAGCAUGGCUCCCGGACUUGAGAGGCUAAACAUCCUACCUUUCAAGGUUGCUGCUUAUGAUAAGACCCAGGGUAAAAUGGCAUUCUUUGACCCAUCGAGACCUCAGGACUUCCUCUUCAUCUCCGGCACCAAGAUGCGAACCCUGGCAAAGAACAAGGAGAACCCGCCCGAUGGCUUCAUGUGCCCCGGUGGAUGGAAGGUACUGGUUGACUACUAUGACAGUCUCACUCCUUCGGGCAGUGAGCGGGUCCCAGAAGCUGUCCCAGCUUAGAUGUACCCCGCCCAAGUUAUUCGAUGAAUGUCCUCUGCUGUACCAUAAUGUGUGAUUGGAAAUCUGCCCCGAAAGAGCCCUUUGGGACACCAUUUAUGUCUUAAUGUGUGGUGCAAAUGUCCUGCCCUGCAAGGAAGUCCCUACCCCACCUCUCUGCAUAAGAACCAUAUGUAAGACAAGUCAACGGUUCAGAGACACCAGAUGUAAGGCAACAUUAGACACUGUCGUAACCUUGUAAAUUUAUCGUGUGGUUGCUAAAAGAUGUAUGUCAUGACUCAGUUCGCUUGCAUUCAUCCUUGUGAAUGCAUGCAUGUUAUAAAUCAUACCGUGCUUGAUUAUUUCUGC